AACCCAGGAGGUUGCGGGAUGGUCAGGUUAUGUUUGGGCUAGGGGCGUAACGGUGAGUAUAUAUGGGUAGGUCGAUUAUCUCUAGGACUCGGUUCUGUCCCCUGGAACGUCAACAUUCUUCUCUUCUCCCAUCACUUCCCGCUAUCAUUCAUCUCUUCACUCUGUUCUCAAAACCCAUCUCCAACCCUCGGCAACCAUCUCCUACGAACCAUGGAAAUCCAGAUCGACUUUCACAAUCGUGGCUCUAUCCCCGUCGACGCGGAGGCCUUCCUUCGCUGGUUCCCUAGGCUCGCCCCGGAGGUUUUCGGAACUGGCUGGUUCGAGGCGGACAGACUGGCCUGGGAGGUGCAUAGCCAUAUGCACGGUAGGCUGCAGCUAUCCCCCAAAUCCGUCCGAAGCACCCUUCAAUCGCUCUUUGGAAUGCUUCAACUGAAGCUAGGACACCACAACGGAGCAACAAGACGAAAGGUGAAAAAGAUGCUGGAGAGACAGCUCGAGCAGGACCUCACGUUUGCCCGCCUGCGCGCCGAUGGCAACCGUCGCUCCCGUCACCGCUUCCUCACUUUGUGCAUCGUCGCCUGCAGCACAGAUUCCCAACUUCUUGCGGACGCCUUGGUCCGCUUCUUCUACGACAACCUCCACGACAUCAUGCGCAGUGAGGAACCGCACCUGCUUCUCCGGGAGUGGGCUGUCGGCAUACAGGAGAUCCGCAGUCUCAUCCCAGAGGAAACGUUCAUGGACCUGAUGUACCAUCUCUCGCGCAAAGCCAACAAGAUGAUCCCCGCCUGGCGCAACUUCGGCAUCCAUGACCCCAGCGUUGAAACGCUGGUUCAGAUCAUCUACGACAUACUGGGGCGGAACAAUUACUGGGACUACGAUCGCGGAAGGAGGCCUAGGAGGAGGGCAUGGGUGCCGGACUACGCGCCCCGCGCCCUCACUGCUCCUCCGCUUUUUCACAGCCAUCCUCGUCUUGCUCUUACGGGUCCCGAGCCGCUCAUGACUGUGGGCCCGCGGCUCCAUAGCCCUGCAUUGAGCGCGCCCGUCGUCGACGAAGUGGACGAGAUAAGAAUGCGGCAGGAGAUGCUGGAGAACCAGGUCCAGCAGCUUCAGGAGGAGGUCGAGUUCGGAGUCCCUGAGUAUGUUUGAGCUGCUUA